AGAUAAAGAAUGUGAAAUAAAAUAAGAUCAGUGAGUAUUCUUUGACUUAAACAAAAUUUAUACUCCAAGUUUAUAGAAAUUAAACAUUUUCUGAAAACACUUAUUUGCAAGGGACAUGGAUAUAAAUACAAUAAAUGUACACAGUUAUGGUAGUUCAAAUACUAUUACAUCAAUAAAUAAUCAAAGUUCAUUGUACAAUAAAAUGAAAACUUGCUUAAAACAUAUUCAUUUUAAAGAAUUUCCUAUUCAAUGGGAAACAAAUAUUUUAGAUUUGUUACCACAAAAUUAUAGAAAAAAAUAUUGUCUAUUAAUACAAUCAAUGUUAAAAGAGGUAAAAGAUAUAUACAUCAAAGAUAUGCAAAAUUUUGUAAUAAGAACUGUAUUAUCAUCACCAAAUGAUAAGGAAGACCCUCUCUCUACAAUAAGUUGUACAAAUCAUAUGUUUCUGAAAGAGAAAAGAGCUUAUAAUUAUGAAACAUUUAGAAAACAUCACAAAUUAUUAAGAAAAAAUUAUUUUCUUUAUUUGGAGCCAAUAAAAUUUAUUAUAUGCCUGGCACAACUUAAACUUCCAACAAUUAUUUGUAACUUUGAACAUUACUAUUGUUUUGGACCUAUGUUAUUGAAUGAUUUUCAAGACAUGAUUACCAAUGAUAUUAAAAAAAGUUCUUUGAUUAUAUUAAAUCAAUUUUACAAUGAAACAUCUAGAAUUAUAACAGAAACAAGAGUUUUAAAAGCUGUUAAUCCAAAGAAACUACCACGUAUCAUGCAAUGUAUGACAAAUGUUUUUGUACAGCAAAUUCUAAAUAUGAUGAUGCAGUCUAUUAAUUAUAUGUUAAACAUCAUGAGUAAUGGAUAUUAUUGUCCACAAAUAAAAUUUCAACUUGUUAUGGAAAACAAUCAACUACAUAUCAGUCCUAAUAUGGAAGAAAUAUACUCAAUGUAUCACAGUAUAAUUGAUAAGAUUGGAACAGUUGCUCAAAAUUUGAUGCCAUUGGAAGAAUGGCUGAGUAUAAAAUCACAUUCCAAAUAUAUUCAAAUAAAAUUGCCAGAUUGGUAUAUCAAGGAAUCUCACAAUAAAUUGCAAAUUGUAUUACAUCAUUUAUUUGAACCCAUAAACAGACAUGUAAUAGAUAUGACUGAGGAAUUUUAUCCCAUCUGUGCACCCAACAUAAAAAAACGAAUAUUAUCAUUAACUUUGGGCAACAUAAAUUUUGAUUUAUACCUUAAACAGAUACAGAAAUAUAAUACAUAUUUAGUAAAAGCAAAUGCAAUAGUAGGGAAUACAUAUUAUACAAUAGGAAAAUUGGAACAAAAUAUAGCUAAGGAAGUUUUAAAGACAGAAUCAUAUAAUAUUGUGAAUGCUUUUUUGAUGAAACUUAUUAAGUAUCAUCAAGAAUUCAAUCAGUGUAUCUGUUCAGAAUUUGAAAAUUUAAAAGCAAAAUCGUUAAAUGUAUCAAAAGAUGCAAAAUCUUUGAUUGAAUUAACUGAAUAUAUAUUACACGCAUCAAAAGUACUAAUAGGAAGUUUAGAAUCUAAAAUUCAAAACUCAAUACAGAUGUUAAGUACAUUAUUAGAAAUUGCAGUUUUGUCCGAGGAUCACAUUGAAUUAAAUAAAAAAACUAUUAAUUGGUUACAUGAAAUUGAACCUGUGUUCAGACAAAAUAAUACAUUAUGUGAAGCAAUGAAAAAUGAAUUAGAAGAUGAAAUGCAGAAAAGAAUAAACGACUUAAAUUCUGAAGUAGACAAUAUUGUUCCUCAAUUGAGUGUUUUAGACAAUAUGGAUGAUAUAAAUAGAACUGGGGAAUACAUUGAAUACUAUGGAGGUCUUCUUAAACAAGUAAAUAAAAUCAAUUGUGAGAUGCAAAGGAUUAAUGAGGAGGAAACAUUAUUCAAAUUUCCUGAAACUGAGUUCCCUAAAAUAAUUGAAUUACAAGACAUAAUCGAACCAUUUCACGACCUUAUUUAUGUUAUUUAUCAAUGGCAGAAAGACAAUGCUGUAUGGUUAGAUGGCCCUUUCGAAUGGUUAGAUGCCACUACUGUAAAAAGUAAAACAUUAAAUUACUUUGAAAAAAUUAUGGAAAUGAGUCAAGCAUUCAAAACAAAAAUUAAAAUGGAUUUAACUGCAAACAAGUGUUUCAAAUUCUCUGGAAUUGCAGAUGAUCCAGAUCCAAUGCAACAACCUGCUCCAUUGAAACUAUGCUGGCAGGCUCUUAAUGAUAUAAAUGAUUUUAAAAAUUAUUUGCCAUUAGUAGUAUGCAUGUGUAAUUCAGCACUUCAGAAACGACAUUGGGAAGAAAUGUCUGUAAUAUGCAAUUUUGAUCUUGCACCAAAUGCUGGAACUAGUUUAAGGAAGAUUAUUUCAUUUAAUCUGAUGAAUGACAUUGAGAAAUAUGAAGCUAUCAGUGUAAGUGCAAACAAAGAGUUAGAGUUACAACAAAAAUUGUCUAAAAUGAUUAAAGAAUGGAAUACAAUUUCUUUUGAAAUAAGUAAUGAUGAAACAUCCAAUAUGAGUGUAUUUUCCCAUUUAAACGAUAUAGAAUUACUUCUUGAAGAUCAUUUUAUAGUAAUUGAAGAAAUGAGGACUUCGAAUUUUGUCAAACCAAUAGUUUCAACGGUAUCGAAUUUUUCUAUGUCGCUCGUCAGAAUUCGAAACAUCAUUGAUCAAUGGAAUUACAUUCAAGUAUUGAUACUUUCUUUAGAAACCACUUUUUGUUAUCCUAACAUCGAAAUUUAUUUACCAAAAGAAUCAGCUUUGUACACGGAAGUAAAAAAUGUUUUAACAAUUAUUCAAAACAAAUUAUGCGAGACUCCUACAUUUACUGAAAUUAAUAAUCCAAUAAUUUUAAAAUCUUUAUGUGAUACUAACGAAAAGCUUGAACACAUAAAUCAAGGUGUAAGAAAUUACAUUGAAGCUAAAAGAUUAUGUUUUCCGAGAUUCUUUUUUCUUUCUGAUAAAGAAAUCCAACAAACAUUAUUUGAAUCAAAUAACUUAGAGAAAUUGCAUAUAUCGGUAAACAAAUGUUUUGAGGGUAUACAAAAAGUACGAAUUAAUAAAGAAAACUGGAUCUGUUCCAUUAUUGGUGAUUAUGGAGAGGAAUUAUACUUAGAAAAAUGUAUUAAUGUUUAUUCUGAUCAUGAAGAAAAAUGGUUGAUACAUCUAGAAAAUGAAAUAAAUGGUAUGAUAAGAAAAAGCAUUUUACAAUGCUGGAAUGUAUUUAAUCAAACAUUUACGUACAAUAGCAUUGCUAAUUUCCCAAGUAUGGUAGUUGUUUGCGUUUUUCAACUUUAUUGGACUUCUAAAGUACACGACUGCCUUACAUCAUUUAAUUUCGAAACACUGAAUUCUUUAUAUUUAAAAUACGUUACCCACGUAAGUUGUUUAAUUAAUGAAAUGAAAAAAUAUUCAACAAAAAGGUACAGAGAUGUAUUAAUGUCUUUAAUUAUUAUCAUAAGCAAUCAAAAAGAUGUCAUCAAAUUAUUACUGCAUAAAAAUAUUACGAGAUCUACAGAUUUUGAAUGGGUUGCACAAUUACGAUACUAUUUAGAAGAAAAUUGUGUUAAAACAUCAAUGUUUAAUACAAGUAUAAGUUAUGGAUGCGAAUAUAAUUACUACAAACAUCAUAUAAUAAAUACUACUCUAACAGAUAGAUGUUUCCAUACUCUUAUGCAAGCAUAUGAAUAUCAUUUAUAUGGAGCUAUUACAGGACUACCUGCUGUAGGAAAAACAACGACUGUUCAAAGCUUGGCAAAAGCUAUUGCAAUACAAUUUCGUACCUUCAACUGUGCUGAUAUAUUAUCCUAUGAUUUUUUUUGUCAAGUUUUUAAAGGAUUUAUUUCUUGUGGAGCAUGGCUUUGUUUUGAGAAUUUUGAUAGUUUGAAACUUGAACUUCUAUCCAUGAUUACUCAAAAUCUUAUUUGUAUUUUCCAAGCAAUAACAACGAAUUUAAAAAUAAUAACUUUUGAGGGUUCAACACUGAAUAUGAAUCCAACUGGGCAUAUUUGCACUAUCACGAACCUUGGUUCGUUUAAGUACUCUAAUUUACCCGAUAAUUUAAAAAUAUUAUUUAGAACAAUUUCUAUGAUGGCACCAGAUAUUGGUAGAAUUGUAGAAGUUGAACUUUUUGCUGCUGGCAUAUCUAAUUCAAAACUACUAGCUUCAAAAUUGGUGACAUUGUACAAAAUACUGUCUGAACAGCUGUGGUGCGAAUCGUGUAACACUUUUAAUAUAUGCUCUGCAAAAGCAGUUGUUAGGUCUGUAAUUUAUUUAAAGAGAAGUUUCCCAGAUGAAGAUGAAAGCAUGUUACUUUUACGUUCACUGAUCGAUAUUUGUCUUCCCAAACUUUGCAAUAUGGACAUACUGAUCUUUAAAAAUAUAGUGCACAAUAUAUUUCCUGAUACUGUUUUACUACCUCCUGAUUAUACAGUACUUUUAAAUACCCUUGAGAUGAUUUGUAAACGUAGAUUUCUAUAUAUUCAUGAUGUAUUCAAACUUAAAAUCAUACAAAUAUUUGAAACAAUGUACAUUCAUCAAGCUCUAAUGAUUGUUGGUAAUCCUUUUGUGGGAAAAACAGAAAUUUUGCAUGUUCUUGUAGAUGUAUUGUCAUCCUUACAUAAACAGGGUAUUGAGUUUGGUGUUAAUGUAAAAGUAGAGACUGUAAUUCCAGGAGUAUGUAAUCUUCACCGACUUUUUGGUCAUUUUGUUGAGAAAUCAAAAACUUGGAAGGAUGGAAUAUGUUCCAAAAUAUUUCGUUCUUUCUCGGAAAAUAGUUCUUCUGACAAAAAAUGGAUAGUAUUCGAUGGACCUUUAAAUGAUGUAUGGAUUGAAAGUUUAUAUACAGUUCUUGAUACAAACAAAGCACUACAUUUGACAUCAGGUGAAAAAAUGAAUGUAACAGAUUCAGUGUCUGUUAUCUUUGAAACAAUGAAUAUGAUAAACGUUUCUCCUGCCAUUUUAUCAAGAUGCGGUAUAAUUUAUAUCGAAUCACGCUCUAUCGAUUGGAAACCAUAUGUUAAAACACAUAUUAACAAACAUAAUAUCUACAAGGGGUAUGAAGAAGUAUUAUAUUCAUUAUUUGAUUGGGUUUUAGAUCCUUCUUUAAAAUUUAUAGAGAAAUACUGCACUUCAACUUCAGUUGUUGGACAAUUACAUUGUAUAAUAUCAACAUUAAAUUUACUUGAAAUGUAUUUAAAGGAUGCUAAAAUAGAAAACACAGAAGAAAAAGGAAAAACGAAUCAUUUUAUAAUAUGGAUGCAAGUUGCACUUCUAUUAUCUAUUAUAUGGGGAUUAGGAGGAAAUUUAGAUAUGGAUUCUCAUAUUAAAUUUAAUUCCUUUUGUACAAUGCUUUGGGAUGGUACCAAUAAAGAAUAUCCAAAACCAGAAUCAAUCAAAAAUUUUGAUAUAACACUACCUCAUGAAGGUUUAAUACAAGAUCAUUUUUACAUUUUCAAAGGUAUCGGUAAUUGGAAGUACUGGGGUGACUUAUUAAAAAGUGAAAAGGUAUUAGAAAUACCUAAUUGCAAUGAAAUUUUUGUAUCAACAGUUAACACUAUGAAAUACAAUCAUGUGUUCUUGAAGCACAUUAAAUACAAAAAGCCUUUCAUCCUUUGUGGAGAUACAUCUAUUGGAAAAACUUCUUUAAUGAAAAAUUUACUAACAACAAAAUUAUUAGAAGAAAAGUAUGUAAUCAACUUUUUUAGUUUCACUUCCUUGGAUACUGUUCCCAAAACACAACGAUUGAUACUUUCAAAAUUAAAUAAAAUAAGGAAGGGACAUUAUGGCCCACCAAAAAACAAAUUGUGUAUUAGUUUCAUAGAUGAUCUUAAUGUGGAAGUAAAUGGCCGUAAAUCAGAAAGUAUUUUAGAACUUUUUCGGCAGUAUCAUACUUAUAAUUAUUUUUACGAUUCUGAUGAACCUGAGAAAAUUUUUAUUCACGAUAUUAUGUUUUCACUUGUUAUUAUAGGAAAUAGCAAAACUAACAUAUGUCCUAGAUUUUUGAGAUACUUCAAUUUGUAUACCAUGUAUACACCAUCUACAGAUACUGUAUUCAGAAUAUUUUCCAAUGUACUUUUCACCAAUUUAAAAAAAAAUCUUUUUGCUGCUGAUGUCUUUAGCAGUGUAACUAAUAUAACUAAUGCUACAAUCGAUAUUCACAAUUCUCUAAUUAAAACGCUACGACCGAUACCAGCAAAAUUCCAAUACCAGUUCAGUCUAAGAGAUAUAAGCAGAGUGAUCAAUGGAUGUAGUCUUAUUCAGAAGGAAUCAAUAGAAACUAAAGUUACUUUUAUUCGUCUUUGGGCACAUGAGAUAUGGCGCGUUUUUGGCGAUAGGAUAUUAGAUAACAACGACAAAGACUGGCUCUUUGUACAGAUAAGAGAUAUUGUUAAAUGUCAUUUUAAAGAUUCAUUUGAAACAGCUUUUGAUUAUUUACCAAAGUCUGAGAAGAAUCAAAUUACAAAGGAUAGCUUUAAUGACUUGAUGUUUAGCAGUUUCAUGGAUACUGAAAAAAACAAAGAUAAGAAAUAUGAAGAAAUAAAUUCUAUGGAAAAGCUAAAAAAUCAAAUUCUUUUCUAUCUAAAUGAAUACAAUAGAAAUUUUAAAAAUCAAAUUGAUAUAGUUGUAACAAAUUAUGUGUUACAAUGUUUGAUAAGAAUUUCAAGAAUUGUAACUACACCAAGAAAUAAUUUAUUGAUGAUUUCUUGCAUAGGGUCUGGUAGAAAAUCUAUAAUGAGUCUUGUUGCUUACAUGCAUCAACAAGAAUUAAUUGAACCAUCUCUGCAUUCCUCUAAUGACUUCAAUGUAUGGAGAAAAGAUUUGAAAACAGUUCUACAAAAGUGUGGUGCAUUAAGAAAGAGUAUUAUAUUUUUUUUAAAAGACAAACAAAUAACAGAUCAUUUUCUUUGUGAUAUUAGUAGCUUAUUAGCUAAUGGAGAAAUACCCGAUCUAUUUUCUAUUAAGGAGAGGUAUGAUAUUAUUGAAAUGGUACGUUUACAUGCUCAAGGUGGCAAUAAAAUCACAGAGAUUAGUAUUCGUUCCGUAAUGAACUAUUUUAUAGAACAAUGCAAAAAUAAUCUGCAUAUCGUGAUAUGCUUUAAUUCAACAAAUAAAGAAACUAGAUCGUAUUUACAUAGGUAUCCAGAAUUAGUAAAAUACUGUACAAUAAAUUGUUAUGAAACGUGGCCAAUAACUGCGCUCAAAGAAAUAAGCUCAAAAUACGUCCAAGAUAUCAAAAUUCAUGAAAAUAUAAAAGCGGAUGUAGUAAAAGCUUGUGUAAAAUUAUAUAACAAUGCGCAAGAAAUAAGUACUGAAUAUUACAACGGAACCGAUCGAACAAUUCAUAUUACAUUAUCUGCAUUUUUACAUAUGUUAAAGUUAUAUGCUUAUCUCAUGUCAAAAAAGCAAAAAGACAUUGUUAUAACGCGAAGUAGAUAUUUAACAGGUUUAGAAAAAUUGGAAUUAGCUGCAAAGCAAGUCGAAGAGAUGAAGGGUACAUUAACAUUAUUAAAACCACAAUUGGAGUUAUCUGCUCAGCAAACUAUGAUGACUAUGAAGGAAGUUGAAAAUGAAAAUGCUACCGUAGAGGGAGCGACUAUUCUCGUACAACAAGAAGAAGAAAUAGCAAAUAAGAAAGCAGCAAUUGCUGGUCGUUUAAAAGUAGAAUGUGAAGCUGAUCUUGCUGUAGCAAUACCAAUUUUAGAGGAUGCUGUUGCCGCAUUAAAUACAUUAAAACCUACAGAUAUUACUCUUGUGAAAGCUAUGAAAAAUCCUCCUGAUACUGUUAAACUCGUCAUGGCUGCAAUUUGUGUUAUGCUUGAUGUAUUACCAGAUAAACCUAUUGAUCCAGUUACUGGUAAAAAGUUGACAGAUUAUUGGGGUCCUAGCAAACGCAUUUUAGGUGACAUGAAUUUUUUACAGAAUUUAAAAGAUUAUGAUAAAGAUAAUAUUCCACACAAUAUCAUGCAAGUUAUUAAAAAAACAUAUAUGACAGAUAAUAAUUUUAAACCUCACGUUGUAGCCAAAGCAUCAAGUGCAGCAGAAGGACUUUGUAAAUGGGUACGCGCAAUGGUAUCUUAUGAUGAAGUUGCAAAGGCAGUUGCACCUAAAAAAGAAAAACUAUUGACUGCACAAAGAGAAUGCAAUGAAGCUGAAGCAUUUUUAAAUGAAAAACGUAGAACACUUGCUGCAUUAAAUGCAAAACUUGCAGCGCUAAAUAACAGUCUUCAAGAAACAUUACAACAAAAACUUAAACUUGAAGAGGAAGUAGAAAACUGUACUAACAAACUAAAUAAAGCAGAGAGUUUAAUUACUAGUCUGGGAAGUGAAAAAGAUCGUUGGAUGGAGUGUGCAGAAAGUCUUCAAGAAAAUUAUAAUAAUCUUGUGGGAGAUAUGAUCAUAUCAUGUGGAAUAAUAACUUAUAUGGCAUCAUGUAGAACUGUCUUUCGUGAUCAAAUUUUAGAAACAUGGAAACAAUUCAUAAGAGAUAUAAAAAUUCCGUUUACUGUAGACUACAAUUUAGUAAGUGUACUUGGAGAAGAGAAUGAAAUAAAUCAUUGGUAUCUUUGUGGGUUACCUAAACACAGAUUUUCUGUUGAAAAUGCAAUUAUUAUGAAUAAUUCAAAACUGUGGUGCUUAUUUAUUGAUUCACAUAAUCAAGCAAAUCAAUGGAUUAAAAAAAUUGAGAAAAGAAAUGAUUUGAAAGUUAGAAAACUCACUGAUUCUGAUUGUGUGUCAGUUAUUCAUUGUAGUGUUGAGAAUGGAAAUCCAAUGUUAAUUGAAAACAUAGGAGAAACACUAGAAAUAUUAUUGGAUCCAUUUCUUUUAAAACGAAUUUAUAUUGAUGGAGAAGUAUCGUAUUUGGAUACUGGUUACAAUAUUAUAAAAUAUUCACCUGAUUUUCGAUUAUAUAUUACAACAAGACUAUUCAAUCCUCAGUACUCUCCUGAAGUAUUUAGUAAGCUUACAGUAAUUGAUUUUUCUAUUCCAAAUGAAGCUCUUCAAGAUAAACUUCUGGAUCUUGUAGUUUUUAAAGAAAAACCAGAACUUCAUGAAAAAUUCGAAAUUUUGAUUGUAGAAGAUGCUAUUAACAAGAAAAUAUUAAAACAACAAGAAGAUAAUAUUUUGCAUACUUUAUCUUCAACAACCAUAAAUAUUCUUGAAGAUGAGACUGCUAUAAAAACUUUAGAUUCUUCAAAAAAUCUUACUUUGAAUGUGAUUAAAAAGCAAGAAUUAUCAAAAAAACUAAUUCUUACAAAAAUUUUAUGGCCUGAUAAGAUUAUAAUACAUGUUAUGCAAAUGAUAGAAAAUAUUUUAGGAAGUAUUCAAAGUUGUUCCCCCCAACUUAAAAUAUCUCAAUCAUAUACAGAAUCCAGUUGUUUAACUCCUCUUCUGUUUAUUUUACCAAGUUGUUCAUCGCUUUUAUCUCUUGUUUCUACAUACGCAAGAACAAAAGGCUACUUGUCAAAGUUUAUCUCUUUAUCAAUGAGCAAAGGUCAAGAAGGAAAAGCCAAGUUUCUUAUACAAAAAGCUCAGAGAGAAGGAGGGUGGGUGUUUUUGCAAAAUUGUCAUACAGUGCCUCAUUGGAUGAUUCAGCUUGAACAAAUCUGUGAAAACUGCAAUAUCUCAAAAGUGUCUAUAAAUUUUCGAUUGUGGUUAUCCAGUUAUCCUAUAAAAGAAUUUCCUAUUAGUAUUUUGCAAAAUAGUAUAAAAAUCGUACACGACUAUCCUCUAAAUAUCAAAGAGACGUUGUUAAACAUUUAUCAGUCUGAACCUAUAACAAACAAAGAAUUUUUCGAAGGAUGCCCUGGAAAAGAUACGGCUUUCUCAAAGCUUCUUUUUGGCUUGUGUCUCUUCCAUUCAAUUAUCAAAGAAAAGAAAAACUUUGAAAUUCUAGGUUGGAAUGUACCGUAUGAUUUCGAUCAUUCUGAUCUUCGCAUAUCCGCCAUGCAAAUGCGGAACUUAAUAAAUAAUACCGAUUAUGUACCUUUCGAUAUUCUUUUGUACUUAAUUGGAGAAUGUAACUAUGGUGGAAAAAUAAUGGACGAUUUUGAUAAGAGAAGUCUAAAGUACCUUUUGAACGAUUACUGUAACAUACACAUAAUCGAAGAUCAGCAUUAUACGUGUACAAGUGGCAUAAAAGAAUUGAUACCACAAAGGUGCGAAUAUCUUCGUAUAAUUGAACACAUUCAACGAAUGCCCUUAGAUUUGUCAUCUAAAGUUUUUGGAUUUAAUAAAAAUGGUGCUAUUGUUCGUGAUACGAUGUUAGCUACAAACUUUUUGUUGUCUCUUUCAUGUAUGGAUCCUACUGUUCCAUUGCCAAAUAAUCAAUUAUCUCAAGAACAAAUACUAACUCUAAUCAACGAUAUUAAUGAUAAAUUACAUGAUUCACUUGAGAUUAACGAAUUACAAGAGAAACACAACUCUUCGCUUCAGGAACCCAUAGACGGAGUUCUUCUUCGUGAAGUAAAAUUGUUGAAAAAUAUUUUACAAGUCAUAACCGAAACGUUAAGCAAUUUAAAAUUAGCGUUCGAUGGUUGUGUACCAUUUACCGAUUCCUUGAAAAAGUUCACAGAAGAACUGUACAAAAAUAAAGUUCCACGUGCAUGGGAAGUUAUACAAAAUAACAUUACAAUUGAAAAUUUGCCAAGUUAUAUCGACAACUUAGUAAAACGUACAAAUUUUAUCAAACAAUGGAUGAAUCAAGGGUGUCCUAAAGUUAUUUGGCUCGACACGUUAUUUUUUGGUAAAAUGUUUUUCUCUGCAAUUUUAACAACAUUUUCCAAAAGGUACGGUCUACCUAUCGAACAAAUUGGUUUUGAAUUCGAAGUAACAACCGAGGAAGAAGUGGACGUUGAAGACGUCGAUGUAUAUUUCAUUCGUGGUUUGCACUUAUGCGGUGCUCGAUGGGAUUUUGAACAAAAUAUGUUAGUAGAAAGUUCCACGAAUGUAUUUUGGCAAGAUAUGCCACCGAUACGUCUUAAAUGUUUACAGAAUAAAAAUGAUACAGAGGAAUUUUAUAAAUGUCCUGUCUACGUUUCCGCUGUUCGACACACGGAUGAAUACCUUCAGUCGAUGUCGAAGAAUUAUGUGAUUAGUAUACCUUUGAAAACUGACAUGCUUCAAACUCAUUGGAUAAAAUGUGGCACAGCUUUAUUUUGCCAUGUUUCAUAAUACGAAGACAUAAAAAAAAUACUGUUGUGUAUAUUCGUAUAACAUUGUGUAACGACACGUACGUGUAAUAUUGUGUAAUAUUAUUUAAGGAACAUUUCUGAUUUAACGCAUACGUGCUGUCCUUUUUUGAUAAUACUAACGAACGUUUUAUAACCGAUAUUCAAUACCUACGAUAAUUUUAUUACGCACAAUUGCCAAAAAUGGUAAAAAAUUGCAAGUAGCAUAAGACGUAUGUUCGAACAUUAGGCGGUUGCGUUUGCUAUACAUAUCCGGUUCAGUUCCACAUAAAUGGAAGGAAUGACAGGUAAAUUGAAGAAAUUGACGUAAAGUUGAAUUACUCAACAAAGAAGAACAUUAGCCAGAGGAAUAUUUGAUCGGUAUUAAGUACAAUCUAUAAUACACCCCGAGUGAUUUUUAACAUCUGCUCUCAAUGGCGAGCCACGAAGAGUUGGUUUCGCAAUUUACAGAUGUAACUGGUGUUGAACGUGAACGAGCACAAUUUUACCUUGAGUCAUCUGCUUGGCAGCUCGAGGUUAUUUAAAAUAUUGUUAGGUUGCUCUUGCCAGUUUCUAUGAGAAUGAUGAACCUGCUGCACUAAUUAGUGAACCUGUUGAAGAUACGUCGGAUGACGAUUAUAGAGAAAUUGCAGAAAAAAUUGUGAAAAGUGUUAAUC